AUGAAUACCAAUUCAAUAAUAACAUUAACAAUCGAAUAAUUAGUUUAGUUACUAUUGAGUCCUCAAUUACCCAAUAUAUAAUAGAGUUUGUAAUCAUUAUCUGAAAUUGAAAUAAGAAAAAAUUAUCCAGAAUUAAAAAAACUUAUAUCAUUCAAUAUUUAAGAGUAAUAAAAUCAUAACAAUUCAUCUAGUGAUUAGAAUACAUCUUCAAAAAUGAGAAAUAAAAUUAAUGUUUUAUAAUAAGAAAAUGAUAAGUUAAAAAAUUAAUUAGAAUAGCAUUUCAUCUCAGAAAACAAAUUGAUAUAAUAACUCAAUUAAUGUUAAUUGUAAUCAGAAAAAUUAAAAUUAGAUAAUCAAUAACUAAAAUAGAAAAUGAAUAAUAUUCAAAUUAAUAUUAAGAAUAAAAAACUCAUAAAACAUAAAGUGGAAACUUCACCAAUUUAUUAGGAAUAAAAAAAACCUAAAGCAGUUAGACCUUUACAAUUUGAUCAACCAUUACUUAAAUUUUCAGGAAUUAGUGGAAUUGUUACUUAAUGUCCUUUUGGGAAUUCAAAAAGAUAAUUUAAUGAUUUGCAAACUGCUAGAAGUGAAUAAAAAUGA